AUGUGUAGCUCUGUGGCUGCCAAGUUGUGGUUUUUGACAGAUUGUCGAAUCAGUGAAGACUAUCCCCCAAAAGAGAUAUUACGAGCAUAACUGGACUUUAGGGCUGUGGUGAUAGAUGAGGUGGUGCUAACAGUUGAGCAAGGAAACCUGGGUCUUUGUAUCAUUGGAGAACUAAUUACUGCCUAUCCUCAGGUGGUGGUAGUGAGAGUACCAACCCCUUGGGUGCAAAGUGUAGUGCGCCAUCUAGAGAAGACGGGAAGCAGGUUGAUGAACUGACCUCAAGCCAUGCUGAACUGUGUUAAUAAGUUCUGGAUGUUUCAAGAGUUGGCAGGUCAUGGUGUUCCUCUGCCAGAUACUUUCUCUUAUGGUGGUCAUGAAAAUUUUCCUAAAAUGGUUGAUGAAGCAGAAGUACUGGAGUUCCCAAAGGUGGUGAAGAAUACACGGGGUCAUAGAGGCAAAGCGGUUUUCUUGGCUCGCGAUAAGCACCCUUGGGCUAAUCUAAGCCAUCUUAUUCACCAUGAAGCUCCAUACCUAUUUCAGAAGUAUGUUAAAGAGUCUCAUGGAAGGGACGUACGUGUCAUUGUCGUGGGAUGUCGUGUGGUUGGCACAAUGUUACGCUGUCCAUCAGAUGGGAGGAUGCAAAGCAACUGCUCACUAGGUGGUGUCGGGCUGAUGUGCUCAUUGAGUGAACAAGGGAAGCAGCUAGCUAUCCAGGUGUCUAACAUCCUGGGAUUGGGUGUGUGUGGCAUUGACCUAUUGAUGAAAGACGACAGCUCCUUCUGUGUCUGCAAGGCCAAUGCAAAUGUAGGUUUCAUUGCCUUUGAUAAGGCGUGUAAUCUAGACGUAGCUGGUAUCAUAGCGGACUAUGCCACCUCCCUUCUGCCUUCUGGCCGGCUCACGGGGCGUAUGUCCCUGCUCUCCGUGGUGUUCACGACCAGUGAGACUAGUGAGCCGGAGUUGAGUUCCCCAGCCAAUAGUUCUGUCGACACCAUGAACGCAAGUUCCAGCUCUGUUGACAGCGACCCUGAAACCACGGAGCGAAUACUUCUCACCAAGCUCACAGGGGGCCUAUUCAACAGAAACCAACUGCUAGCCAAUGAAAUCAGACUCCUGGUGGAGUGA